AUGGGUCAGCUUAUGGAGGUCACUUUGCUACAUUCAAAACAGCAACCAAGAACGAUCAUCUUUCCAAGAUAUGGCAUCCCAAGGGUUGUUAUCUCUGAUGGAGGUUCCCAUUUCAUCAAUAAAGUGUUUGAGAAGUUGAUGAAGAGUUAUGGAGUUAAGCACAAGGUCGCUACACCUUACCAUCCUCAAACCAGUGGGCAAGUUGAGGUCUCCAAUAGACAGAUAAAGGCCAUUCUUGAGAAGACAGUCCCCUUUCAACUUACUGUAUGGAAAGGAUUGUCACUUACCUGUAGAGAUGAGAACAAAGGCAGCCAUGACAAACUGAUUCGCCUUAAAGACUUCAAGGUUGGGGACAGUGUGCUCUUGUAUAACUCCAAGCUAAGGUUGUUUCCCGGGAAGCUAAGGUCAAAGUGGGCGGGACCAUUCAAGAUUCACGAAGUUUUGCCCUAUGGAUCCCUCACUCUACUCAAUCAAGAGGGGAAGGAAUUCACAGUGAAUGGACAUAGAUGCAAGCCAUAUCUAGGAAUGACCCCCACAGAGGAGAUCAUCACUCCUCUAGAAGAUCCAACCCCGGCCUAA